CUUCUGCUGAGAGAGUACCUGUAGACAUUCAGAAUCCAGAAUCCCCGCAGGCAUCCCCACAGUACCUUUUGGUGCCCUGUCUCCCCUUCCUCCUGGCCUGGUCCUGGGGUUGUCCUAGGGCAUUUAAACACUUCUUGUUUCAGGAGUCAGUGACCUUUGAAGAUGUGGCCAUCUACUUCUCUGAGAAUGAAUGGAUCGGCCUGGGCCCUGCUCAGAGAGCCCUGUACAGGGAUGUGAUGCUGGAGAAUUAUGGGUCUGUGGCUUCCCUGGCAGCAUUUCCAUUUCCCAAACCGGCUCUGAUUUCCCAGCUGGAGCAAGGCGAAGCACCCUGGUGCUCGGCUCCUCAGGGAGCUCUGGAUGGAGAGGGCCAGAGGGGCAUCUCCUCAGGAUAUCUAUUUCUAAAGCCUGCUGGGAUUUCCCAUCUUGAGCAGGUGGAAGAGCCAUUGAACCUGAAACUGCAAGGAGAGGGUCCAAGCCUACUUUGUCCUGAGGGCGUGUGGAAGAGGAAGAAAGAUUUUAUUCUGAAGGGGGAAAUUCUUGAGGAAGCACAGGACCUCAUGGUCCCAUCAAGUGGACCCAGGUGGUGUGGAUCCCGGGAAUUAUGGUUUGGGAAAACCUGUAAAGGGAAAAGCAGGUUAGGGAGAUGGCCUGGUUACCUCAAUGGGGGAAGUAUGGAAAGUUCAACAAAUGAUAUUAUAGAAGUGAUUGUCAAGGAUGAGAAGAUCUCAGUAGAAGAGAGUUCAGAGAAUACUGUCAAUAAACUCAUUGGUAUACAUCACACAAUUCUAAAUGAGCAAACAUUCUAUGUAUGUGAAGAAUGCAGCAAGUGUUUUGAUCAAAUUGAGGACUUUGAUCAACACCAGAGAACUCAUAAUGGAGAGAAGGUCUAUGAAUGUAAGGAAUGUGGGAAAGCUUUCAGUUUUUGAUCACAUUGCGUUGCAUAUCAGAGAAUUCACAGUGGGGUGAAACCCUAUGAAUGUCAAGAAUGUGCUAAGGCCUUUGUUUGGAAUCACCAGAGAAUACAUACUGGAGAGAAACCCUUUGAAUGUAAGGAAUGUGGGAAGGGCUUUAGUCAGAACACAAACCUUACACGACAUCAACAGAUCCAUACUGGGGAGAAACCAUACACAUGCAAGGAAUGUGGGAAAAGUUUUACUUGAAACCCAGCACUUCUUCGACAUCAGAGGAUGCACACUGGGGAGAAGCCUUAUGAAUGUAAGGACUGUGGGAAAGGCUUCAUGUGGAACUCAGAUCUUGCUCAGCACCAGAGGGUCCACACUGGUGACAAGCCUCAUGAAUGUACUGACUGUGGGAAAACCUUCUUUUGCAAGGCACACCUUAUUCAACAUCAAAGAAUCCAUACUGGGGAAAGACCCUACAAAUGUAAUGACUGUGGGAAGGCCUUCAGUCAGAAUUUUGACUUAAUUAAGCACCAGAGGCACCAUGCUAGCAACAAACUGUAUAAUUGUCAGAUCUCUCACCUUCUUGAACGUGAGCGAGUGCAUAAUGGUGAUACUUGUUUAUAAAUCUUAUGCUACAGGAACCCCAGAGACAAAAUGAGAUGACCGUUCACAAUUUGCUGUAACCCUUAACUUUAAUAGCCGGUAUUAUCUUGCCCUUUUGAACAUAUAUCAUGUACUCUAGCCAGAUUGGUCUCUCUGUUCUGUGAUGUUUGUACAAGGCAUCAUUUAGUUGGGCAGCUACUCUAUCAGGUGCUAACCACUAUACAUACAUUGAUUAAUUUGUAUAACAAUCCUAUUAAGGUAGGUGCUCUUCUCCCCAUUUUAUAAAUGAGAAAUCUGAAUUGAAAGAGGUUAUAAAACUCAUUCAGGGUUUCUCAGUAAGUUAUAGAUUUGAAAUUGGAGCCAGGCCUAUCUGACUGCAGAGUUCGUACUGGCCUUUACUUAGUUGUACAUAUUUAUGCCUCUGCCCGUUAUUAUUUGCUCAUUUUCCUGUGCUUUUAGUUUCCCUUCAUCACUUAGAUCCAGCUCCUUCAGCUAAGCAGAUCUGUCUUCCUCUUCUACUUGUAGUCAGUACCACCCAAGUUAGUAUUUAAUUAUGUGUCAUCUAUAUUUUUCUAAUAGUCUCAUGUCUCAGUCUUAAUCUCAGCUAAAUGACUCUUUGAGGACCAACACUGCAUUUCUUUGAUAUUUUUCAAAUUCUCAGACAUUUAUCUUUGACUAAAUAUAACAUGCACAUGAUAAAAAAAGAAUUGAAAUAGUUGAAAAGGGUGUUCAGUGAAAAGUAAAUUUCCUUGUCAUUCAUGUCUCAAUUCUCCACAGGGGCAAUCACUGCUAAUGGUUGUAUAUGGCUGUAGAUAUUUUUUGUAUACAAGUGUUUAUUAGUACUGCUUUUCAUAAGUCUGCCUCGAUGAAAACCUUAUUUGAUGGAGGCAACAUUGCAGUUACAUUGUCAACUCUAGGAUCUUUUCUUCAGAAGUUGCUGUGAGGUCACCAAAGUAAUUUAGGGCAACAGCAGAGGGUAGUCCAGGUCUUGAGAAAACUGAUUGCCCUUGUUUCAUGAGACACCAUUCUGGGAUUGGGAAUAUGUAAACUCAACUGGAGAUUUUUUUCAUAAAAAUUUAUAUAGUUUGGCUUGUGUCAAUCAGCUUAUCCCAUCCCUGGCCACAGAGCCACUGUGAUAUGAGGAGAUACUGGGCCUUCUGGAAAAGAAAGACUUUUCUUUGAGAGCUACCAGAGGAGAUAUUAUCUGUCCUCUGUGUGGCACAUAGGAAAAUGUGAGGCCUAGAACUACAGCAACUUUUUUUUUUCUACUAAGAGGGGAGAUUCUAGAGCUUCCAGGUGCUACCAUGUGGAGCCUGAGGAUAAAACCAAUACCAAAGAAGACAGUGGCAAAAUAGAGAGAAACUAGGUCCUUGGUGACAUCUUUUGAGCCACUAGACCAAGCCUUACCUGAAGCAGACAUACCUCAGAACUUUUCAGCUAUGUGAGCCAAUAAACGUCUUUUGUCAAA